UUUCUGGCGUUGAGUCUUGGAUGGAAGGAGUCCUACUAUUUCCGGCGACAUUUGCCUGAGGACAUCCACCAGUUUUAACAGCCGCUCCCGCCGCACCUGGAACCCCAACGCCGCCCAGGCGGGCUGAGCAUCCUGUGCCGCCUGAACAGCGCUCUGGACUUCCUGCAGUGUACUUCCAGGCACCCUACAUAGUAAGCUUUGCGAGACCUGGAAUAGGGUACAUUGCUCCAGCUCUGCGACUUGGACAUGACAUGCUCGUUGUUGAUGAAGAGAUGCGUCACGGUCGGAGGCGCCGGCGAGACCGGAGUCUCGGACCCAUCGUCAUCACCGUCACCACCAUUGUCCAAUUCCGAGCUCUCCCCACGGGUUGUGGCGUCCUCGACAUGACUAGAGCGCGUGCUACUUCUCCGCGAGCGGGUCUAACUCCAGCGUCAAUCGGGUGUUGUCCGUGUAGGGCUUAUCGGAAGGAAGUCCACCUACGUCUGAGCUGCGGCGGGAGGCCCGCUCGCUGGAGACGACCGUAUCGUCGCUCGGAGUGGGCGAUCCCGAGGGGAAGGGGGCGAACCGCGCCGCCCGAUUCGACGAUUUGGUCGAGAUUCGCGGCAUAUCAGACAGUACAGCUUGUGUUAUCCGCUCACCGGGGAAGGAGAUUGAGGCGGAGUGGGAGGGAAGAUAGACGAUAGAUUGAUUAUCUCUGGAUGUUGGGGUUCAUGGCGGCUUAUCAGUUCUCAGGGCAGGUCGGGAUUCCCCGAGGAGUUGGGCGAUA